AUGCUUUUGACAUCAUAUUGCUACUGUAGAGAGAAGAAGUUGGUUGGACAGAGGAUGCAUGACUCGCUCCUCAUUGAUGCCGCUAGACUCGAUUGGGCGGUGAUGAGCUGCGCGGCCAGUGCAACGUUGUUCCAUCUCCAAAACACCGUGACCUCUCCGUCGACGACAUCCUCCGUCUUCCCUCUUCUGAGCCAGCAGCCACGGCCAAUCAUCCUGUCUGCUUGGCAGUGA